UGUGGGAAGAACUUCAGGCAGAACUGUCACCUUGUGAAACAUGAAAGAAUUCACACAGGAGAGAAACCAUAUCAAUGUCUGGAGUGUGGAAAGAACUUCCGUCAGAAAGGUGGUCUUUUCCGACAUAAAAGAAUUCACACAGGGGAGAAACCUUAUAGGUGCCUGGAGUGUGGAAAAAGCUUUGGUGACAACAGUAGCCUUUUCCGACAUAAAAGAAUUCACACAGGGGAGAAACCAUAUUACUGCAAAGAAUGUGGAAAGAGUUUCAAUUGCAGCAGUUACUUUAUUUGUCAUAAAAGGAUUCAUACAGGAGAGAAACCAUAUAAAUGCCUGGAGUGUGGAAAGAGUUUUAAUAAAAGCAGUUGUCUUACAUCUCAUAAAAGAAAGCACACAGGAGAGAAGCCAUAUAAAUGCAGAGAGUGUGGGAAGAGAUUUUCGUAUAGCUUUGACCUCAGAUAUCAUCAACGAAUUCACACGGGGGAGAAACCAUAUAGGUGCCCGGAGUGUGGAAAGAGCUUCUGCAAGUACACUGACUUUAUUCGCCAUAAAAGGAUCCACACAGGAGAAAAACCAUACAAAUGCCUGGAAUGUGGAAAGAGCUUCACUCAGAACGGAAACCUUAUUACACAUAAAAGGAUUCACACAGGAGAGAAACCAUACAAAUGUACACAGUGUGGGAAAAGCUUCAGCCAGAAAAGUCAUCUUUCAAAACAUGAAAGAAUCCACACAUGAGAGAAACCGUAACAAGUAUGUGGACUGUAGAGUAACAGUCAUUUGGAAGAGUAGCAUUAUGAGACCUAAAGGAAUCCAUGUGGGAGAACUCUGAAAAUGCCAUGUGUGGGACAAGAUUCAAAAGGGGCACUACCCUUAUUUCCCAUAAGAGGUCUCAUUUUGGGAGGAAUGUCUGGACUGUGGAGAAAGGUUCAGGACCAGCAGUGGAAUAGAUUUGGUAAAGAAAAGUGUUGAAUGGAAUAUGUGAAGGAGGGGAAAAGAUUGAAAGAGCCC